CUCUUGCUUAUCCAUAGAGAGGGAAGUCUGCAUAUUCAGUAUCGGGUAUUGCCCUGUGUUCUUUCAAGAGACUGAAACGAGUCACUUUGACUCAAGUCCAGAUAGAGGAAAAUGGUUAGAUUUAUAGUACAUUAAUUUGUCAAUUAGAAAUUCAUCUUCUUUUGAGGCCUAGGGAAGGAGCCAGCAUCAGCUGCAGAAGUAAACAAAGGGGAGUUUGCCUCAGAACCAAAGACUUUCUUUUAGGUGUUUGGUGUGGCACUCAGUAAUUAGUAAGGUCAUUGUCACUUGGCAAGGUUGCCCAUGUCAGAAGCCAGCUGGUUGAGUUUUUCCCCACAUGUUUUCUGGGGCAGUCAUCAUGGCCACAUGUAAAUCAGAAGCAAAUCCAGCCGGAGAUGACUUGCUCAGUUGAAGCCAGGAACCCCUUCUAAGGAGUGAGUGUAUUUUAAAUGUACUCCUAUGCUUCUUGGCUUCAUUCCCCCCCACUCCUCAUCCCUCUGAACUAGGAGUAUCAUUAUGAGUCUAUUAGGGUCUCAUUUGCUUAUUUUCUGUUCAUUCAGUGCAGUUUCCCAUGAAGGGGAUGUUGUACCUUAGUCCUUUUAUCAACCUCCCAUACUGAUUCUUUCUAGUAUAUUUUUCUGAAAAUUCAAGCAAUAGCUGGGUUCCAUCUGUGGCUUCUAGGGCUGAUUCAGGAUAUUUCCCAUUCUUAUAGUGAAUUGGUGAUUUCUGUAGUAAUCUGGCACAGGAAUGAGCCUAUGUAGCUUUCUUCCUUAUGGAUUGUAUUUUGUACAUCUGUUUUGAAUCAUAGGGAGGGAUAAUGAGUUAAUUCAUACCCAGUGACUCUAGAGGAAGAGAUGAAUGGGCCAGUAAAUAAAUAAGUGAUGGCUGAUCUUUUGCAAGUGAAGGGCAUGAGAAGUGGUUUGUGGUUUGAGGAAGAAUGGUACAGAUCAGAAGAGAUGCCUAGAAUGGAGAAUGAAGAGAAGUAGAGAAGGAGGAGAAGGGCAACAGUAAUGACCCAAGGGCAGCUGGGGCCAGCAGGGCCCACCCCCUUCACUCCAUGGCUUUCUCUAGCUGGGGCACAGUCUUCCAACUCAAGCGAAGGAAAUGAGAGCUGGAUUGAUGGCAGGUUGCAAGAACUACAGGACAGGUGUCCAGAUACUUGGAGGAGUUCAAAGAGGGAUGAAUUUCUUUAGAAAUUCAGUGCGAUGCCGUGGUUGAUGUUGUGAGACUGUGGGAUAGCAGAGGACUAGUGUGUCACAGGGAGACGGCUUACUUGGUUAGGGCCUGAAUGGCAGUAUUUAGGAUGUCAUCUUGUCUAUCCCCCAUGAUCUGUGCAGUUUGGUAAAUAAGCCGGGAAGUACAUAGGUUUUAUAAAGGUAAUUUUAGGACUUCACUGCCACAAGAGAGCUGGUUUAUACCCUUUGUGGUAAUAUUGCUUAACCCUUGUAUUUUUAGAGUUAAGUAACCAUAUGCCACUUCAUAAAGGACUCUUGUCAUGUAAGAAUAGGUUCCACAAAAGCCUCACAACUCGAUAGGUCUGAAAUGCUUUAGGAGAAGGCAGUUAACUUUCUGCCUUAUUUUCUUGCUUGCUUCUUGAGGAUAGGAAACUAAGAAUCUGGCCUGUCUCUUAAUGUAUCUUAAGGAUGUGUAACGUAAAUCAAAACGAGGAACGCCAUCAUUACCGUUUUCUACAGAUAAGAACAGCAGCCCAGGAUUCUCUGUUUCAGAGUUUGGGGAAGUUAGUUACUGUGCAGAACCUCUGACUUCACCCUGCUUUUUUCGGGACCGGUCUGAAAGUUGUCCUUAAACCCUCAGCACUUUCCCUAAUUUAUGUUCCCAUGGGGAGCUAGUGUGUGGAAAGAGCACGGCCCUGGAGCGGGGCCUGGAUCAGGUGUCCGCUCUCCCUCCUUUCCGGGCUGUGUGGCUUUGGUUAUGUCUGCUACACAAACGUUUAAAUCCUCGGGGUUCUUGUCCAUGAAAUGAGUUAACAAUAUGUGCCUCAAACUGUAUGCGAAACGAGUUUCUCAACGCUCAGCAUCUCCUAGGCUUUCAUUACAUCCCAGUGUCCUACCUGCCCCCUUUGCUUGUUAGCAGUGAUGCCACCUGGCAUAUUUGUCACACCCACUUCUAUAUCCUUUCCCCCACCGCAGGCUAGCUGCUCUCUAUUCACCUUUAGGCAAUUUUCUGUGCUCUGAGUACUGAAAGUCUUUUAAGGUCCUAUUGCUUAAUGACUUAGCUUAGAUAUCGGACCCCAGCGCAUAGUGUGAGUCUUUCAGAAUAGAAUCUCACUUGUCUGCUUAUUUUGUUUUUUUGAUUAUCAUGCUAUUUAUAUAUUCAUGUCUCCACCCCACAUAUGAUAGAGUAAGACGGUGUGAAUUAUAAAUACAUGAGAAAGAAAGAGGAAAAAUUUAAAAAAGUAGGGGGGGGCAUAAAAUGAUGCCAAGAAUAAGUUCAGUACAAAACAGUGCACCAUGGGGGUCGUAUAAUUUUUCUCAGUGUACGCUCGGCACUCAAGCAAAAAGGCCCCUACCCUAUACAUACACCUUUCUCCCAGGCUGUUCACUUAGAUUAGCGGUAUGAUAAACCACGGGUCUUCCCCCCCUCCCCCCAGAGCUAGGAUUAAGGAGAACAUUAGGGCACCCAAGGAAUUUAGUGUUGCGUGUUCUACCAAAAUAGUUUGACAGCUUUAUUCCUUAUUUGUUAAUAACUAUAAUCACUCGAACAGCAAAGAGAAAGUAGGAAGGAGCCGUAGUUCUAAACAAAACCUAAAGCGAUUGUAAGUAUGGUAUGAAGGAUAAUAUGCAAAGACAGGGUAAAAAUCAGAACUUCAAGUUCAUAGAAGUUGCUGCCAAACCUAGAUUAUUACUUAGGACACGGUUGUGAGGUUUUGUGACCUGCCCAGUAUCCUCCAGCUGGUACGGAGUAGUGUCAGAGGAUUCGGGGUUCAGAAGGCUUGGAUUAAAUGUCCAGCUCAAGACUUGAAUCUUUACUUCUACUAUAAUGAAAAGUAUCAUCUUCCAGGAGUUGAGAAGUGUUGAGGUAUCGUCUUGCCUGCUAGUGAAAUGAGAAAGUAUAUUUCCAGACAAAAACUCCCUGAGGUCAGGGGCUGGCUCAGUUGUAUUCAUUAUGCUCCUGGUUCACUGUAGAUGUUCAAUAAAUAUCUUUUGAAUAAAAGAAAGGAGAUCAUUAGGUGGUCUGAAAACAACCUAAAAAUGGGAGUUUUCCUCAGAAGGAAAGACUUUCCAUAAAUUCUUAAAAUAAAAAAAAUUUCCCUGUGGAUCAAAUUGCAGUGUGGAAACAGUCACGUCGGUCUUUGGACAGAACUGGGGCCAUGCUUUACUGCAGAGAAUUCAGCAUCUUUUUGAGUUUCCUUAAUGGACAUAUUAGUAACAGAAGAUUUGUUUAUAUUUUGUGCCUCUCUAGCGUCCUCUCUCCGACGAUGUCAAGAAGACUGUAGAAAGGCACUUCUCCCCACUUGUGGGCAAGACUAAUGAAGCCCCCCACCACCAGUUGGAGUACUUGAUUCAUCCUUGUAACUGACUCCUAUCACUUUGGGAUGUCUUGCCUUUCUUUAAUCUUAGUGGUGACUAAGUUUCCUGAGGAAAUGUUAACAUGGAACAUACUGUCUUAUGUUCCAUACGAGACUGGGAAUCAGUUGUGGUUCUGGUCCUGCUUCUGUCGUUAACGAAAUGUGUGACUGUAGUUUCUUUCUUCUCCACACCUCAGUUUUCCAUCAUCAAAUGGGUACACUUGAACUGGUGAUCUUUAACACCCCUGAUGGUAUUACUCUUUUUGCCCUUUGUAUUUAAACUGGCAGUUAUCAGUCAUGGGUCACUUAAUUCCUUUAUUGUCAAAUGAUAGAAUGGUGUCUCCCCUUGGACCCCUCUCCCCAACUUUACAGCUUGAAACGGCCUCCUCAAAACAUUUGGCUAGCAAGGAGAGCUGGAUUCAGACUUCUGAAAAUACAUCAACCUGACCUGCUUUGGCUGAGUCCAGGAGUCCUGGCUCUGAGACGUUAGAUGCUCCCUUCUGGGUUCUUCUUUUCCUUAAGCUAGGAGUUGGUACACAGUUCCGUCUAGCAUGACCGUGAUCUGAUCCACAACAAACGUGACUUGGCUCCUGGGUCUGGUGCUGCUGUGCUGGGGCCUGGUCGCUGCCCACAACUACAGAGCUGCCAUGGUCGCUGCCUCCACUUCCACCCCUGUAAAUUCACCACCCCCGUUCACAGCCAUGAAUGAACCACAGUGCUUCUACAAUGAGUCCAUUGCCUUCUUUUAUAACCGGAGUGGAAAGUAUCUUGCCACCGAAUGGAACACGGUCAGCAAGCUGGUGAUGGGACUUGGAAUCACUGUCUGUAUCUUCAUCAUGUUGGCCAACCUCCUGGUCAUGGUAGCAAUCUAUGUCAACCGCCGCUUCCAUUUUCCUAUUUAUUACUUAAUGGCUAAUCUGGCUGCUGCAGACUUCUUUGCUGGGUUGGCGUAUUUCUACCUAAUGUUCAACACAGGACCCAACACUCGGAGACUGACGGUCAGCACGUGGCUUCUCCGCCAGGGCCUCAUUGACACCAGCCUGACAGCAUCUGUGGCCAACCUACUGGCUAUUGCAAUCGAGAGGCACAUUACAGUUUUCCGCAUGCAGCUCCACACUCGGAUGAGCAACCGGCGGGUGGUGGUGGUGAUUGUGGUCAUCUGGACAAUGGCCAUUGUCAUGGGCGCUAUACCCAGUGUGGGCUGGAACUGCAUCUGUGAUAUCGAAAAUUGUUCCAACAUGGCGCCCCUCUAUAGUGACUCUUACUUAGUCUUCUGGGCCAUUUUCAACUUGGUGACCUUUGUCGUCAUGGUGGUUCUCUAUGCUCAUAUCUUUGGCUAUGUUCGCCAGAGGACUAUGAGAAUGUCUCGACAUAGUUCUGGACCCCGGCGGAAUCGGGAUACCAUGAUGAGUCUUCUGAAGACAGUGGUCAUUGUGCUUGGUGCCUUUAUCAUCUGCUGGACUCCCGGACUGGUCUUGUUACUUCUCGAUGUGUGCUGUCCACAGUGUGACGUCCUGGCCUACGAGAAAUUUUUCCUUCUGCUCGCCGAGUUCAACUCCGCCAUGAACCCCAUCAUCUACUCCUACCGCGACAAGGAGAUGAGCGCCACCUUCAGGCAGAUCCUUUGCUGCCAGCGCAGCGACGGCGCCAGCGGCCCCACGGAAGGCUCUGACCGCUCGGCUUCCUCCCUCAACCACACCAUCUUGGCCGGAGUUCACAGCAAUGACCACUCUGUGGUUUAG